UACGUACACAAAAUUUAGAGAGAGAAAGGGACAUAGCCGAUGCAUAUACAGAGAGAGAAAGAGCUACCGUUGUAGAAAACUGGAAAUCGAACACAGCUAGCAAAGAGAAGAUCAAACAAGGAAAAGAUCAUCUCUAGAUCUGGUUGUCCAUUUCCAUUUCCUCUCAUUUCGGUUAAGAGAAAUUUUUAUCCACAUCAAGCUUCUGCAGUUCAAAUUUCAGUGAAUGAUCGUUUGAUCCGCUGCAUUCACUGGUUGCCUAGAAAUUUUGACAAUUACCCGUUGUUUCUGUCUCUGUUUAGCCUUUUCGAAACUCCUAGUGAGCAUUUGCAAAGUUGCUUGCAUUGGCGGUGCGCCGAUUGAGCGAUGGUUUUCUGCGGUGGUCGCCGGAGCUCCUCUGAGUUCCCUGGCCGAGCUCCGGCGGUUCUGUGAGGACUAAAUUAAUAACUGAUGUUGGAUUGAAGGUGAAGCAGUAAAAAUGUUCAGGUCGGCGCUAUGGCGGAGCGAGAAGCACAAGUUCAAAGUUGAAUUCAAGUUGCAGUUUCGCGCCGCUAAGGUGCCCCAUGUUGGAGAGGAUGCAUUGGUGAUCUCUGUAGUUCCUGCAGAUUAUGGGAAGGCCACAGUAAAAUCAGACAAGGCGGCACCUCGAGAAGGGAAUUGUUUCUGGGAGAAUCCAGUGUAUGAAACGGUGAAGUUCAGUAGAGAUCCAAAAUCAGGGAAGAUUCAAGAAAGAAUAUACCAUUUUGUUGUCGGGACGGGCUUGUCGUCUAAAGCUGGUGUCAUUGGAGAAGCUUCAAUUGAUUUGUCAAGUUAUGCAGAGGCAACUAAGGCCUCAUUGGUGUCUCUUCCCCUCAAGAACACAAAAACAGAAGCUGUUUUACAUGUAUCAAUUCAGAGGAUGCAAGAGACUCAUGAUCAGAGAGGGGCUGAAGAAAUUGUGGAUACCAAGUUGGAUUAUAAAGAUCACAGCUUGAAAGCUCACUUGGAUGAUGGCGGAAUCGAUGGAAUCAUGAGAAGCAACUCUGAAGAUAUGCCACUGAAGAAUGAGGAUCCCCAAAUUGCUGAGGUAAAUGGGAAUAGAAGAAGAUCGAGUGGAUCUGAUGUCACGAUGUCAAGCUCCGAGAGCAGCUCUGGAGUUGAGAUACCCUGGCAGCAUCAGAUGCACAAUGAUGGUGUUCAUCAGGAGCCCAGCGAACUCCUAUCACCUCAGAAGCCUCAGGUGCUGAAAACAAAUGCUCAAACACCAAUAUACAAAGAUAACCAGAGAUCUCAGUGGGAGUGGCUGCAAAGAUCUACCAUUGAAGCUAGCACUGAUGAUUCUUCAAGCACGCCGAGUGGAAACUCUCCCAGGCAGGAUUUGGUAGAGGCUUCCGAUGUUGUCAUAGAUAAGCUGAAGUCUGAUGUUGCUGUAUUAUCCAGGCAAGUGGAGAUGUCUGAGCUAGAACUGCAGACACUGCGUAGGCAGAUCGUGAAAGAAAGCCGAACCAGCCAAGAUUUGAUGAGAGAACUUGUUAGCUUAAAAGAGGAAAGAGAUGCUCUCAAUGGAGAAUGUGAAAGACUCAGAUCCUCGCAGAGACGACUUGAUGAUACGAAGACUAAACCCAGCUUGCAGUUUGAGGGAGGGGAUUCUAAGGCGAUUAUCCAAGAGCUCAGGCAGGAACUACACCACGCCAAAGAACUCAAUUCCAAUCUUCGACUACAACUACAAAAGACUCAAGAAUCAAACUCGGAACUACUUCUUGCUGUCCGAGACCUUGAUGAGCUGUUGGAGGAGAAAAAUAAGGAAAUAUUGAGCAUCUCCAGUGGAUCAUCAGCAAAGUACAUCCCUGGAAAGCUGCACGAAGAAGGUUUCACACGUCAACCUGAUGAUGUAAGCGAUGAUAAUGAACAGAAGGCUCUAGAGGAGCUCGUGAAGGUGCAUGGUGUACCCAAGGAAGUCUGUCAUUUGGAAAAGCAGAUAAGAGAUAUGCACAGUGAAAUAGAAAUUUACAAGAGAGAUAAAGAUGAUCUUGAGAUGCAAUUGGAGCAGCUUGCCCUUGAUUACGAGAUCUUGAAGCAACAAAACCAUGAGAUGGUGUAUAAGCUGGAGCAGAGCGAGCUGCAGGAGCAAUUGAAACUGCAGUAUGAAUGUUCAUACUCAUAUGAAGCUGCCUGUGAACUCGAAUCUCAGAUAGAGAACUUGGAGAAUGAAUUGAAGACGCAAUCGAAAGAAUCUGCAGGCGCAUUGGUCAAAAUAAGUGAACUCGAAGCUCAUGUCUGCAGUUUAGAGGAGGAACUGGAGAGGCAGUCAAAAGCAUUUGAAGCUGAUCUUGAUGAUCUCAUGCGUUCCAAAGUCGAGCAGGAGCAGAGAGCUAUAAAAGCUGAGGAAACAUUGAGAAAGACACGAUGGCAAAAUGCUAACACAGCAGAGAGGAUUCAAGAUGAAUUCAAAAGGCUUUCUGUGCAGAUGGCAUCUACAUUGGCAGCUAAUGAAAAAGUGGCCCAUAAAGCUCUAGCAGAAGCAAACGAGCUUCGUCUACAUAAAAUCUGUUUGGAAGAAAUGAUUCAUAAAGCUGCUGAAGAACACCAGUCAGUCAAAGAGAGUUACGAGGCUAGAUUGCAUCAACUUGAGAAUCAAGUGAUGUUAAUGACUAAUCAAAUAAAACUGAUGCAGUCAGAAAUUGAUGAUAAAGUGCUGCUGCUGGAAAAUCAGAAAAAGCAAGGUGAAGAAACUCAGAAACUCCUCUCAGUUGAGAUUUCAAAGCUCAAGAAUGAGAUCGAAAUGUGCAUGGCUAAGAAUAAAAUUCUGUUAGAGGAAAUAGAGGGAAAGGAUACUUUGAUGCAUCAGCUGGAUCAAAUGAGAGCAUCCUUUAAGGAAAUGGAAUUUCUUUGGCAGCAAGGAAAUGGUGAAAGAACCAAACUUGAAAACAGGAUUAGAUUGACGAAAAGUGAAGCAGAAGAGUUGCAGGAGGAGUUAAAUAAAAUGAGAUGUCUAAUGGAAGAAAAAGAAUCAAUUGCUGUGAGUCUGAAGGCGGAGCUGGACACUCUCCAUUCACAGUUUACAAAGUUGCAGAAAUCGGCUUCAGAUGGUGAGCUAGAGAAAGAAAAACUUCGGGGACAAGUGCUUUCACUAGAAACCGAACUGAAGAAAAUGGAGAGUGCGAUCAACCACAUGGAGAAGAUAAUAAAGGAUGCCGAUGAUCAAGACACAGCUCAUUGCUCUGAUGAGGGUCAGAUCAAGUUGAAAGAAAGUGCUCUGGAAGCUUCAAGUAAAGCUUUUCUCGAGAAGGAAAUGGAGCUUCAAAGCAAAAUUGCAGAGUUAGAAGGGAGAUUGGAAGUGCUAAAUGAGAGCAACAAUCAUUCUUGUGAAAAGGCUACCGAACUUGUCGAGGACCAGAAUCAAAAUGUACAAGUGACUGUAGAAACAUGUUCUAUAAACAAAUUCCCCAAUACAACCAACUGUGGAGCACAUUCAAGACAGAGCAGUGCGCACGAUACUCAUUACAUUGAUGAAUUAAAACAAGAAGUGGCAUUACUGAAGGAGAGGAAUGAAUCAAUGGAGGAAGAACUAAAGGAAAUGCAGGGGAGAUAUUCAGAAAUAAGCCUCAAGUUUGCCGAGGUAGAAGGUGAACGGCAACAACUCGUGAUGAAAGUGCGCAAGCUUAAAAAUGCAAAGAAAAGAUCAUAGCACGGCAUCCAUCCCUUCCACUUGUAUCGUCGCGUACAUAGGUAAAUUAAAUUUUGUGCCAUAUUUUUCGAUAAUAAUGUUAUUGUAAAUUACUAAAUGUGUUCACGCUCACAAGACUACACCAAAGAAUCAUAUUCUUUAGUUCAUUUUCUGUAAUAUAUAUACCAAAAUGGUCUAUAUAUGUAUAUUUGUGUGUUAUCCCUCUAUGUGUUAGGUAGGAUUGUAGGCUCAAUAUAUGUGAUGUUUGUGGUAAAAUCUAUCAAUUAACAAUAAUUAAACCAAUA